AGUAUUUCAGAAUUAGUAUUACAUUUUGUUGAAAAAUAUAAAAUGAUGAUUGUGAAAGUUUAAUCAAAAUUUGAAUUAAAACGAUUAUGUAAAGCAGUUGGAGCUAGUGCUUUAUCUAGAUUAUCUGCACCUAUGCCAGAUGAAUUAGGAACAUGUGAUCGUGUUCAUGUACAAGAAAUCGGUAGUCAAAAAGUUACUAUUUUCGAAAAGUAAAGUGAUACUUGCAAAUUGGCAACUAUUGUUUUAAGGGGUGCUACAUAAAAUCUUUUAGAUGAUAUUGAAAGAGCAAUUGAUGAUGGAGUUAGUUGUUAUAGAUCAUUAAUUAAAGAUCCAAGAUUUGUUUAUGGUGGAGGGGCUACUGAAAUUGUAAUAUUCAUUUCUCUAUACAUUUUAGAAAUUAGCUUAGUAAUUAGAAUCGGAAGCAAACAAAAUUAAAUCUAUAGAUUAAUAUGCUUAUAGAUAAUAUGCUUAAGCAUUUGAAAUUAUACCUAGAAUCUUAAUUGAUAAUGCUGGUUUAGCUCAAAAUGAAAUGAUGGCUUAAUUACACAAAUUGAAUUCUGAGAAACCUCAUUCAUUAAAUAUUUCUGUAUAUAUAUAUUUCUGAAAUUUAGAAUGGAACAUUAACUCCAUCAAAUGAAUUGAAGGUAUUUGAUCAUCUUAAAACUAAAUGGUGGGCAAUUAAAUUAGCUACAGAUGCUGCUAUCACAAUCUUGAGAGUUGAUUAAGUAUCAUUAUUAUAUAUAUUUUUAGAUUAUUAUUGCCAAACCAGCUGGAGGACCAAAGAUGCCAGAUAGAGGACAUUGGGAUGAUUAAGAAUGAGUGU